AUGGGCCGCAUUUUGAGCGAGAAAGGGGAGCACGUGAUCCCGAUGGUCGAGACCUCCAGACCUCCAGAGCAGAGGGCUCCUUCCCAAAAGGAUAUCAGGCGACAGGGUCAGUACCUGUGGCCGGCAUUUUCGCGGCUAUCAUAUUCUAACCUCCACAAGCCCUCUGUCACCGCCAAAUGUCGCGCAGCAGCCAGCAUGGAGCAAACGGGCGCCAAACGGCGCGCACACCGUCGGAACAAGGAGGCUGUGAACUGGAAGCCGAAAUAUGAGGCCCAGCCUGAUCGCCCCCUUCCACCGGUUAAGCCCACGGCCGCCUCGGACUCCGACUCCAACUCCCCAGCCGCAAUUGACAUCGCAGCCGCCUGGGACGAAUUCGACCGAGCCUUCGCCGAUGCGCACGCGAACAACAUCAUGACCCAAUACCUCUUCCUACCAGCGCAGCGAAUCAACAUCUUCAAGAUUAUCCCGCUCAUGGUCUUUCCGGUCCUGACAUACGAAAGCAUCUGCAGAUACAAAGCGCCUAAGGACUGGGCCCUGAGAGAGCAGUGCAGGAUACAAGCGGAUCUUGUUGGAUGGGUGGUUGGCGUCUUGAUUGUUGUGGUGGUCUUUUACGCUCACGAGCAGAUGGUCUUGUGGGCCGUGGAUGCCGAACGGGAUCCGCCUCCUUGGCCUCGACCGCGCAAUGUCGAGAAGUAUGCGCGGGAUCUUGCGAUUGCGGUGGUGUUCGUUGUGGUAAAUUUGUGGAUUUAUAGGGAGAAACUGGUUGGGUGGUUGUUGGCUUUGAUUGGAAUGGCGCUUGCGAUGGUUGGGCGGGAUGAGUUGACGACAAGACGGGCGUGGUAUGGAAUUAUCGAUAGACAUAAUGGGCGGCAUAAUCGAAUCGAACUAUCUUUCCGACUGAUCCGUUCUCUCUUGACUUUGCGUCUUCCCUAG